AUGAAAAUCAGCCCAUUGGAAACGUGGGUGUUGCCUAGAAACGUGGGCCAACGUGGUCCAGUAGGCUCUAAGUCUAGGCCUGUAAACACAGCCAUAGGAGCCGAGAAGACAACUCCUAGAAGUCAAAGCACUGAAAUGCACAAAGGGACACUUGUCCUGUACAGUAGCACAAAUGAUAUUGUUUGGUCAUCGAAUUCAUCACGAACUGCAGAGGAUUCAGUUGCAGAGCUCUUGGAGACAGGAAUGAAAUUGGGGAGCAACUUCGUAACAAAGAUUGACAAGUUUUUAUCAUCUUGGAAGAGUGCUGAAGAUCCUGCUCGAGGUGAAUAUUCUUUCGUUAUAGAUACUCAUGGGUAUCCCCAGCUACUUCUGAAGAGGGGAAACAUUACUCUGUUUAGAGCGGGACCAUGGAAUGGCAUAAAACUCAUAGCAAAUCCUAGACCGAUACCUAUUUCCAAUGAAUUUGUUUUCAACAGCAAAGAGAGCUUCACAUGGAAUGACCGAACAAAUGAUCGGGUGAUUGCUGACGUUGGCCAGUUUGAUCAGUGUGAAAAUUAUGCCUUUUGUGGUCCAAAUACUCGCUGUGAGAUGAGUAGAUCUCCUAUAUGUGCAUGCUUGGAUGGAUUCAUUCCCAAGUCUCCAGCAGAUUGGAACUUUUCAGAUUGGUCAGAUGGGUGUAUCCGGAGAACUCUGCUAGAAUGCAGCGAAAAGGUUGGCUUUCUGAAAUAUACAGGGAUGAAAUUGCCGGACACAUCGUCUUCCUGGUACGACAAGAGCAUCAGUCUCAAGGAAUGUCAGGGAUUAUGUUUGAAGAACUGCUCCUGCACUGCUUAUGCAAAUUUAGAUAUCAGGCGUGGUGGAAGUGGAUGCCUGAUCUGGUUUGGUGACCUGAUUGAUACAAGGUCAGCUGGGGAUGGACAAGACCUUUUUGUUAGGAUGAAUGCUUCAGAAUUGGGUACGUAUUCCAAAAUGCAAAUAUAA